CCAUCCCCCAGAGCGCCCCGUCUGAAGCGUCUUCUCCCGUUGCAUUAGCCCCGCUGGAGACCCGAACAGCCGCGAGGGGGGAGCCGAAAGGAGCGAUGAGCUGAGCUAGGAGCCGAGCCCAGGCGGAGCGGGAGCAGCUGCAGAGGGUAGGAUCCCGGCUCCGGUUGCACCGGCAGAAGCAGCGCACCGUCAGGCAGAGCCGAGCCCAGCCCCGCUGGCGGGUGGAGGAGAUCGGGACACAGCUCACGCUCAUCCCUUCCCAAGGAAGGAAACAGCUGGAGAAGCAAAGACACCGACUCUGACGCUGUCUUGUCAUGUAGCAGCCAAGCUUGGGCGCCAGAGGUUUUGAACUCCCAUUAUAUCUUCAGCUGCGGGGCCGGUGACUGACUCUUGGGAACUGUUCUGGGAGGCACAUUUUCGCUGGGAGGAGGAACUAGCAUUACCAGACUGAGGAGAUGAAAGGAUUUCUCUUACUCUUUUCCCUCCUCUUCCCUGGAGCACUAAUCUAAAAGGAAAGGAUACGCAGCCAGUGUUGAAACUGGACCUGGAAAAAAAUCAAAGGCAUUGAGACACAUAGUGUGUCAGGAUCUGGAAAGGCAGUAGCAUCAAUUUGGGAACACAAUUUAGCAUUUGAGGACGUUUUCACGCCUCCCAGUAAGCCCUUCCCUCACUUUAUUUUUCCCUUCUGUUUUCCCCCUCCUUCUCUCCCCUACCCCUCACUUCCCCUCUACUUUGUACUUCCACUCCCAACAAAAUAUUUUUCUGGAAAUAUAAGCCAAUUGGUGUCUGACAGCUGAAGAUAAAAGAAUAGGUGAGGGAGGAAGGGAAGGAGAGCUGCCCCUUUAUCUUCACUCUCUUACAAAGAUGAGGUGCCUUCUGCAAGAGCUGACAUCUCUUCUACUGCUGGGCAUGGCCUUGGCACAGCGUCGGGUCACUGUUCAGGAAGGCCCUCUAUACCGUACUGAGGGCUCCCACAUCACCAUCUGGUGCAAGGUCAGUGGCUACCAGGGUCCCUCAGAGCAGAAUUUCCAGUGGUCCAUUUACCUGCCAUCUGCCCCAGAGCGGGAAGUGCAGAUUAUCAGCACCAUGGAUCCCUCCUUCCCUUACGCCAUCUACACCCAGCGUGUACGGAGUGGGGAGAUCUACGUAGAGAGGGUACAGGGGGACUCUGCCCUGCUGCACAUCAUGAAGCUCCAGGACCGGGACGCCGGCGAGUACGAGUGCCACACACCCACCACUGACGAGAGGUACUUUGGGAGUUACAGCGCCAAGAUGAAAUUGAUGGUUAUUCCAGACUCCUUGCGGGUGACCUCAGUUCCACAGACACUAAACAAAGUGGAGCGUGACUCUCUGGAGCUGAAAUGUGAGGUGUCUAAGAGUACAGCCCAACACAGUCACCUCUCCAUCUCCUGGUACCGCCAGAAAGUGGGUGAGCCUCCAGUGGAAGUGAUCUCCCUGAGCCGCGACUUCGUCCUGCGGGCAGGCAGCACCUACGCGCAGAGGCAGGCCACCGGCGAUGUCCGCCUAGACAAGGUGGGAGAGACCACCUCCAAGCUCACUGUCUACAACCUCCAGCCAUCGGACCAGGGCGAGUUCUACUGCGAGGCAGCUGAGUGGAUCCAGGACCCUGACAAGUCCUGGUACGCCAUGACCCGCAAGCGCUCCGAGGGCACCACCAUCAACAUCCAAGCCACUGAUAAGGAGUUCAGUGUCCGGUUGGAGACAGAGAAGCGGACGUACACAGUGGGUGAGCCUGUGGAGUUCCGGUGUAUCUUGGAGGCACAGAACAUCCCAGAACGCUACUUCUCCAUCUCAUGGGCCUUCAACAGCUCCCUGAUUGCCAGCCUGGGGCCCAACGCCGUGCCCGUCCUCAACAGUGACUUUGCCCAGCGCGAGGCACUGGGGCAGCUCAAGGUAGCCAAGGAGAGCGACAAUGUCUUUGUUCUAAAGAUCUACCGCCUCCGCCUGGAGGACAGCGGCAAAUACAACUGCCGGGUGACGGAGCGGGAGAAGACGGUGACGGGGGACUUCAUUGACAAGGAGAGCAAGCGGCCAAAGAACACGCCCAUCACGGUCUUGCCCCUCAAGACCAGCAUCUCCGUGGAGAUGACCAACAAUGCCAGCAAUGUCCUAGAGGGGGAGAGCCUGCGCUUUGGCUGCAGUGUGCGCUCGGGAUUUGGGCCCCAAAGCCAUCUCUCUGUCACCUGGCAACUUGUGGACAAGCAGAACAGGCGCAGUGAUGUUGUGCGGCUGGAUCGGGAUGGCACGCUGCAGCCGGGUCCCUCUUACUCAGAACGUAGCAGCUAUGGGGGCAUCCAGAUGGAGCAGGUGCGGCCUGGCUCCUUCACCCUGGAGAUCUUCAACAGUGUCAAGGCAGAUGAGGGCCACUAUGAGUGCCGUGUGACUGAGUGGACACGGACGCAAGAUGGGGAGUGGCAGAUGAUUGGGGAGCGGCACGCUAGCAUGCCCGUAUCCAUCACUGCUCUGGAGGCUGGUUUUGCUGUCACAGCCAUAUCCCGAACCCCAGGAGUGACCUACAAUGAAUCAUUUGACCUCCAGUGUAUCAUCAAGCCGCACUAUCCGUCCUGGGUCCCAGUGUCUGUGACAUGGCGCUUCCAGCCAGCGGGCAGCACAGAAUUCCAUGACCUGGUCACCUUCACUCGGGAUGGUGGGGUCCAGUGGGGAGACAGGUAUAUGGGCUUCCGGACCCGCACUGCCAUUGAAAAAGCAGAGUCCAGCAACAACGUGCGCCUCAGCAUCAGCCGGGCCAGUGACACUGAGGCCGGCAAGUACCAGUGUGUGGCUGAGUUGUGGCGGAAGAACUACAACAGCAGUUGGACACGACUGGCAGACAGAACCUCCAACCUACUAGAGAUCCGGGUCCUGCGGCCAGUGACCAAGCUACAGGUCAGCAAAUCAAAGCGGAGCAUCACCCUGGUGGAGAACAGGCCCAUCCCCCUGAACUGCUCCGUGAAAUCGCAGACCAGCCUGGACUCUCACUUUGCUGUGCUGUGGUAUGUCCACAAGCCAUCCGACGCUGAUGGCAAGCUCAUCCUGAAGACAACCCACAGCUCUGCUUUCGAGUACGGCACCUACGCCGAGGAGGAGGGGCUACGGGGGAGGCUGCAGUUCGAGCGGUCCUCCUCUGGAGGGCUCUUCAGCCUUACCGUCCAGCGGGCAGAGGUCAGUGACAGCGGCAGCUACUACUGCCAUGUGGAGGAGUGGCUGCUCAGCCCCAACCAUGCCUGGUACAAGCUGGCGGAGGAGGUGUCUGGGCGAACUGAGGUCACCGUCAAGCAGCCAGACAAUCGUCUGCAGGUGAGCCAGACCCAGAAGAACCUCACAGUUCUGGAGAACGAGUGGGUGACACUGGAGUGCGCAGUCACGAACCGGACCAGCCCUGCUUCGCAGCUGUCGGUGGAAUGGUACGUGUGGAAAUCUGGCCACCCAGAGAAAGAGGCAGUGGCAUGGCUGAGCCGCCAGGCCACUCUGCAGUACGGAGACCUGGCAACACUGAGCGACCUGAAGGGCAGGCUACAUUUGGAGAGCCCUUCCCCAGGCCUGUACCUGCUCACCCUCCAGAACGUGAUGGUGCAAGACAGCGGAGCCUAUGACUGCCGCGUCGAGGAGUGGCUCUUGAAUCCCAGCAAUCAGUGGUACAAACGGGCAGAAGACCUCUCUGGGCUGACUACUGUCACCGUGAAACAGCCAGAUCCCACCUUGCAGGUGGAUACCACCAUCUCCAACCUCACGGUGCUGGAGAAGGAGCCCUUCCCACUGGACUGCAGCAUUCUGUCACGUUCCAGCCAAGAGUCCCGCUUCGCUGUGACCUGGUACAACCUAAGGAUGAAAGAGGGAGGAGGCCAGGUUAGCCGUGGCACGGAGGAAGAGGAGGAGAGGGAGGCCCUGCUAAGCGUGGGCCUAGAUGCAAUGUUUGGCCAAGAGGCAGGUCGCUUUGAAGGCAGGCUGCGCUUCCAGAGGCUCUCCUCCGUGCUCUACCGACUGACGGUGCUGCAGGCAGGCGCUGCUGAUGCUGGCAACUACUCGUGCCGUGUGGAGGAGUGGCUCCCUGACCCCAAGGGGGUGUGGUACAGGCUGGCUGAGGAGGAGUCCGGCACUGUCACUAUUCACGUGCAGGAUACAGGCUCCACUCUGCAGUCCGUCAUCUGCUCCAACGAUGCCCUCUUCUACUUUGUGUUCUUUUACCCCUUCCCCAUCUUCGGCAUCCUGAUCAUCACCAUCCUACUGGUGCGAUUCAAGAGCAGGAACUCCAGCAAAAACUCAGAGGGUAAAAAUGGGGUCCCUUUGCUGUGGAUCAAAGAGCCGCACCUCAACUAUUCUCCCACCUGCCUGGAACCGCCCGUCCUCAGCAUCCACCCAGGAACUAUAGACUAAAGGGGAGAAGCUGAGACCAACCCACAGAGAGAGAGACAGAGGCAAAGACACACCUGGAACCCAAAGGAAUGGAGAGGUUUUGAUGUUCUUGUUUAGUUUGUUUCAGCAUCUGUUCUUCGACUCCACGACUGAGCCCUUCAGAGUUCCCCAACUCUGGGAUUGGAGGGUCCAAGUCUUCCUCAAGCACCUGUGAUAACAAAACUAGUCCAGAGAUGGACGGACAGUCCACGUGCUUGCUGUACAUAGUGGAUUUUCCUUCUUGGGUUCAUUGUGUUCUCAUCAGUAGUUGUCCUUUGGACUGUGCUUUUGUUACCCAACGACUGUUGUCUUCCCCUCCCCGUCGCACCAUGAGCAGUUUCAUUCGGCGCUCUGGUCUGGGUGUUCUGGGGCUCUUUUUGGAGUAAAAGUAUUCAUUUCCUGAAAUCAGUUUUGUUUGUCCCUCCUUGGACUUCAUGUUGUAGUGAACAAAAUCUUUCCCCAAGGUGAACUGAGCCAGCUGCUCGCUAUUCUGAAGUGAACAGACCAGAAUUGCGCUUUGAGGGCAGCUGGGUUUCGGCGAGGUCCAUCUCGAAGAUGAGGCUAGUUCAGCCACUUCUGCAUCCCAAACAUUUCUCCUUUCUUUGAGGAUUUAGCAUGUAUGCGGGGCUUCAUUUGGGAGGUGUCGUCUUGUCCUUGGACAGGAUUGGACGCUCGGGCCACUUGCAGUCAGGACUAAAGCAGCCUGGUUUGAUCCAAAGGACUGUGUGUGCCUGUGGCCAUGGGACACUCUGGCCCUGCCACUAGCAAGGAGAAGACUCCCCAGAAAGCCCAGCUUACCAGGGACAAAACCCACCUGGUUUUACUAAACCGUGCUGCCAUUCUCUCAGAAGUGGCAGGGUUGAGGCUGGGCUGCCUGCGUGCUCCAGUCACGUGGGGCCAGACGGCUGGAUCCAACCUCGUCAGCUUGACCAAAGUAAUGACUUUAGGAAGCGGGGGAGAGGGAGGCUCCAUUGACUGGGAUUAAUUAUAUUUGAAUUAUUCUGCAAGGGUGGUAUGUUACAGCCACACACUGGGCAAUGGGAGUGUGGAAUUAAUGACCAGGUUUCAUGUUGUUUCCAAGGACUUGCACUAAUUACCAAUGUGAGUUGAAACCAGGCAAGGAGGCUGCUGGAGGGAUUUGCUCCCCGGGUGCUACUAUGCCCUCUGGAAAGAAACCAAUCCUCUCUCCCUUCUCUUGUGUGUUUUUGUGCCAUUUUCUGUUGUUUUGGCUUUAUUUCUCUAAGAGAACAACCCUUUUCCCCGCAACCCCCC